AUGAACCCCUUAUUGUUUCCGCUGAAAUACGUCGCGAAGAAGGUUUUUGGGGAGGUUGAAAUCGGUGGCAAGGCCGAGGAUCCGUUUUUUGAGGAGGUUGAGUUCCAGAAGCGGUCAUUCUGGUCGGGAAGCACCAAGAUAGUCAAAAAAAGGCGCGACAAGAGCGUGCCCGAGUUCGUGCCCGAGGCUGACUCCAAAAUCCUGCGCCGCGUGCGCAAGCGGGCCUAUCGCCUUGACAUGAAGUUCCACUUGUGCGGAGUACGGUUUGGAUGGAUCGGAGUAAUCGGGCUUCUGCCCGUGAUUGGCGACCUGUUCGUGUUGUGGCUGUCGCUGCAGGUGUACCGCGAGGCAUCGAAGAUCUCGGGCGGGCUCCCUCCUGCAGAAGCGGCGAGGAUGAUUACCAACAUCUGCGUGGACUUCGGCCUCGGCCUGGUGCCCAUAGUGGGUGACUUCGUGAGUGUCGCAUAUAAGGCGAACUCGCGAAACGUCUUGGUCCUGGAAAAAUAUCUCACACACAAGUACAACAGGGUCCGGGUCCCUGCGCCGGCCGCUACUCAACGUAUAUAA